AUACUUGAAGUCUUGACCUGUAAAAUUAAGUCACUAUGAGUCACAACAAAAGGGCUUGGCUUUGUCCUUGCUUGUAAUAAUCUACUAAAGUGGCUUUUGAAGUUGGUUUGGCCAGCAUGAAAGGUCUAAGAUUGCGACACAUUAGGUGCCAACUAGGACAAAAAGAUACUGCAAGUAUAAGUAUCAGGCGUUUUUAUGAAUGAACUGGGCUUGAGACACUAUAUCCAUUCUUCUUCUUCUUAUUAUUAUUAUUAUUAUUACGCUGUCGAAUUCAUUCUUUUUUCGCCACGUGUGAAAUGGAUUAUCCAUUCUUCAUUGGCCAUCAUUGCUUCGAGUAAACAAUUUGUGCCAUGUCACUUUGCCCAUACAAGUGGUUCUUGUGGAUAUCUGGACUAGUCCUUGCAAUUGUUACUAUACUUCAAUCCCUUAUCCUCUACACGAGCUCAACUGU